UCAAUUAAGGAGACCAAUACAUAUCUAGGAGAACAAUUUUAUUAAUUAGUACUUAAAACAAACUUAUAUUCGACAUGUUUAAUGCUAAUAGCAUGGCACUAUUAUGCUUACUUUUUCAAUUUCAUAAAAAGAUUCUCAUUUCUAUGCAUCGUAUAAAGUUGAUUGUCCUUUGUCUUAAAUUUGUUGUCCCAUCUCAUAGGCUUGUCGUGUGGUUUUACUACUUGGUCAAACAUUACGGCCAUGGCGACAUUUUUUGUUGGGUUAGAUGAAUUUCACUAGGGAUGGCAAUGGGUCGGGUUGGGGCGGAUUUUGUCAAAUCCAAACCCAAACCCAUGGGUUUAUUCGCCAAAAAAACCCGGCGUAAAACCCGUUGUGUUUGAAAAACUCAAACCCAACCCGCUGGGUAUCCGCGGGUUCAUGGGUACCCGUGGGUUUUUGUGGUAAAAAAUUUACAAUAACAAGUUUCUUUCAAAAUAAAAGUUUAACAUCAAUUUUCUCAUACAAAUUAAUCAUAUAAAAAAACACCAAUCUAGAGCAUACAAGCAAACCGCAAAUGAUCAAUACAAAUUGUUCAAAAUUAAAGAUAAACAUCUAUAAACAAAAGAUUAAUUGCAAGCUUCUUCCUCGUCAACUAAGUUUGUUCACUCUUCACUUCAUAAUAUCAACUUCAUUCUAAACAAUUAGAAAGAAUAAAUUAUACAUGUCUCCACAAACAUAAAGAAUAUUAAUUGUUUAAGGAAAAUAUAUUAUUUAGAAUAUUAAAUAUACCGGAAAGUAAUUAUAUGUGUGUGGGAGGGUACCCAUGGGUCGGGUUUAAACCCGAACCCGGCCCAAAACUCGUCAACACGGAUUUUACCCGCGUUGACCGGGUUGGGUCGGGUGGGUACCCGUGGGUUCGGAUUUUGUUGCCAUCCCUAAAUUUCACGCUAAUGUGGUGAAAAUACACAUGAUGAAAAUUUUGACAUGCAUUGCAUUGACUAAAUUAUUUUCUUUUUGUAAUAUCUUAUCAUGGACAAUCGUUUCAUCUUAAAGAGUUAAAAAAAAAAAAAAAAGGGUCGAAGUCUGAAAAGUGAUUUAAGGAUGCGAUUAUAAAAGUGAUUGACGUCAGACGUCAAUCCUCAUAUAUGUUGUGAUCUUAAUAGGGACGUUGUCGAUGAGUAGAUAGGUAGUGGGAGAGGGGGCGAAAAAUGAGGAUAUGCAUAUUCACCCUCUUUCGGUAUAUGAUUCGUCAAAUCUUUUUAAAUAUGAAAAAUCAAUAUGUAUGUUAAGAUAAAACCAAUAUUAUUGUCGUGAAAUUUCGAAUAUAUUACCAUACACAUUUAACAAUGGUCUUAAAAGAAUUUAAGUAAUCUGAUUUGUACCCAAUCGUGAUCGUACUCAUUUAUAAUUGAUGCCUUUCAUUCAUUAAUCCUUUUAUGUACGAUGAGAUUAGAUGGUUUGUUUGAUUAUAUGAUUUGUACUGUUGUUAGGGCAAAUUUAGUGGCUUCUGUGCUGUCUUUGGAGAGGACCAAGGUGGUUGUUGUACCACUAAUCAAUCAACAAGUGCUCAAUUAAUGAACGGAUUAAAGCCCACAAAAACUUGGUUCUACUAUAAUGUUAUUUUUUUCUUCUUCUUGUAUAUAGUUUUUGGUGUGUUUUUUUCACACUUAGGUAUCUUUCGACCCCUAAGCUUUUCUUUUGGCUUACGUCGAAUUUGGUUGAUGAUUGUGGUCCAUUUAAGAGUUCUAUUCAGGUAGAAUAGUUAAAAUUGAGACAUGGAUUUAGCUAUUUUGUUAAGACUAUGUGGUUUUUAAUUUAAACAUAAUAUCAUCAUUCGCAAUAAUUAUGUAGCACCGUUGACAAGACCCUCUAUGCAUGAGUUCUCGUGAAGUUUUCUCCGUUGAAAUUUUACAACCGUAACUUACCGAGAGAGAUCGGAUUUGGUUAGACAUAGUGUAUGAUACAAAUGUAUGCAUUUCACGAAAAAAAAAUAACUAUUUAUGAAACUUAAAUUUAGUAUUUAAGCCCUUUUGUCAAUACUUUACGUUUUUCCUAUAUACCUUUUUCUGUUUCUGCUUUCUUUCCCUGCCAGAUGCGCUUGUUCGGAUCAGUCUUUGCUACUCUUUGAGCCUUCACAUCUUCUUGUUGUGCAUUAGGCUUCAUUUCCCCCUCUCUAUGUUUGUUUCCCUCUAUAUAGGCUCAUGUGCUCCUCUUUUGAUUCUCCUUUCUUACUCCAUUAGCUAUUAGCUAUAACAUUUUUUCUUAUGUACUUCAUCAUUUUACAUACUCCUUUUUAGAGGUUCUUUUUGUCACUUGGCAUGACGAGUUUGUUGUGAGUGAUAUACAUAAAAGUUAGGUCUUCAAUUCAAUGGCCGACAAAGAAGAAAGAGCAAGAAAUCAAAGCUCUUGCCCUUUGGAAAAGGUCAAACAAUCAAACCAUCCUCAACCACUCAUAUACAUAAACACGUUUUUACAAUAACACAUGUGUGGAAACAUGAGUUGGGUGCAUAUGUUUUAGGGUUCAAAGUAAGAAUCAAAAGGGUAAUGUGUAAAUUUUCUCCAUUUGGAAUGGUAGUUGAGUGCUGCUAUAAACGGAUAAAGUUUUGGAUAAGAGUUGGGGAGAAGAAAACCUAAUGGCAUGAGUGUUAGUGGGGAAGAGAGAGUGUACUCGAUUGAUGGUAAUGAAGUUUGCAAGGCAACGACGAGAUGGAGACCUAUGACAUAAUAGACCAGUCGCCUCCUUGUCUAGUAUAGUACCAUAUAUGAGUUCUAAAAACAAAUUGGUGGGUCACUCGACGCCAAAUCUAGUACCUUCGCAAUAAUCUCCUCCAUUAAUGCAAUCGAUGGAUGAUACUACUACUACUACCUAGAAAAGAACUUCCACGAGCUAAAAUGUUGGGCUCAUACUUAAAAAUACUAUUUCUAUCUUCAUGAAUACUCGCAAAAAUUCAGGUAAGAGAAUGAUCCAGCCCCACUAAAGAUUGGGUUUGUGUGGGUGAACUGUGAUUAACCCGCGAUCCAUAAAAAAUUUGAACUUCAAACCAUUGAAUAUAUAACCUACAGGUUAAGCUAAACUAAAACACUAAAAAUAAAGAAAAAACCACUUCCCCAAUUUCGAUCUAAAGGUCUUCUCAAAUCUCUAUAUAUCACGUCCUCCCAAUUUUGAAUAUUUAUCUUCUCAAAGUUAUGGUUAUCAAGGAUAAUUGCAAAGUCUAAUUAGUUUCCAUGAUUAAAAAUUUAUAUCAUGUGUUCACUUCCUUCUGCAAUUCCUUGUUAACUUUUCUUGUUUUUAUACUAAUUUGACUUAUAAGUUAUUAUCUUGUUCAUUUCACAAGUGUUAGCGAGGGUAUUGACUCAAAGACUUGCACAAUUAGCUAGAUUUAUGCUGAAACUUCAUCUUUGUUUUGUUUAUUUUGUUAUGCUUAUACUUAGAUCAUGUUUAUCAUUUGAAUAUUUUGUGAUUUGUAAACAAUUAACAUUAGUAUAUUGUAGGCCCAAUGAUGCAUAUAUGAUUAAGCAUUAAACAUUAUUUCGUUUGGAGAUUUCUUUCAUAUUAGAUUUAGAAUAAUGUGAAAUUUUAGAAUGUAUUUUGUGAAUAUGCCUAACCCACCGAACCACCCAUCACCAAAAAUCACCCAACCCAAUUCACAUAAAAAUAUCUGUUUUGAGAACGACAAAUCCCUUGUGUUAAUUGUGAGAAGCGAAUUGGGUAUUCCAAGGUACAAGUGAAAUGUUAUCUCUAAGUACUAUUAAUAAAUACGAAGUGACCAUUUUUUCGUGCGAUUUUGGUAAUAGAGGUGACAACGAUUUUGACACGAGUCCUAAUGGCCCCAGGUGAGUCCUUUUUUUUUUGGCCCUAGGUGAGUCCUUGCUAGGUAGGGGUGUCAGUUCGGGUCGGGUUCGGUUAUCCGAACCGAAACCCAAAAAAACUCGAAAAUUCGAAAUCGAAAAUUACUGAAAUCGAACCCGAAUCAGAUAAGGACUUGCGGGUUCCGGUUACUCGAAACCCGAAAAUUCCUUAGCGGGUUCGGGUUCGGUUAACCCGAAAACCCGAACGCCUAAGAAUACAUACUUAGUUCUAUUCAUUGUAGGUUUUUAGCCGGAACCCAAAAAACCGAAAAACAAAACCGAACCCGAAACCGAAAAAAUUGAAACCCGAAACGAACCCGAACCCAAAAAACCAAAAAUGUAUAUAAUCGGAUCGGUUUCGAGUAAACCCAAAAAACCGAACCCGAAUGGACACCUCUAUUGCUAGGGCGACUAUUGCACCAUCUUAAAAGCUAUAAGGCUUGAGAUGUAGUAAAGGUCAAUAUACAUGUACUAUCACAUGACAUGUAUAUUUAUUUACCUUUCAUUAGAGGUGUGCAGUAUCCGGUCCGUAUUGGAUCAAAUUAAUGAGAGCAAUUGUCCAAUAAUGAAUGAUAUGGUAGAAUUAAGAACCAGAUCAACAAUGCGUUUGGUCCAUUUUUAUUCGGUAUUUAUAAAAAUUGACGAAACCAAUGAUCGAACAACAUCGUAUUUGAUACGAUAUGAUCUAGUGCAAGCUACAAUUUGAUCUCGUGCGGUUCGGUACAGACCCAACCGUUGCACACCCCUACCUUCCAUAACGGUCAACAAACAAUGAAGUAUUUCUCUUCUAUAAAUCAAACCAGCUGAAUAUUCUUACUUGUCUAAAAAACAAGAGUUUACGUCGCCUAUGGUUAUUGUAUUAGUUUCGUUGAUCGUCUAGGGAACUGGGUGACUCGUUUAGCGGCUCCUCGUGUCCUUAUUUUGUUGUUCGUCACCUGCUUGACUCUCAUUCUUGUUUUGUUCCUCAUAAUCAGAUUAAUCGAAUUUGCAACAUGAGUUUAUAUUUUCUUUAGCAGAGGGAAAAUGUUUUGGAUUUGUCACAAGACAUAUGCAAGGUUUGUUAAACAAAAGUAAAUAAAUCAUAUUUUUGUUUAUAGUAGGGAUCAAGCUCACCAUCUAAAGAUGAUAUAAGGACAUUUUACCAAUAACUCACAUCUUGUUACUUGGUUACCAUAACAUUUACUCAACUAGGCAAAGUUCGGCAAGCCAAUGACACAACGCAAAGCGAUUGCCAAAUUGUUUGUGAUAUAUAUAAUUUAUAAAGCAAACCCAGCCCGCCAUGACAAACCUGAGGCCCACUACCAUCAGGCCUAGUGUGCUCCACCCACUUGAUAGUUUCAGCGAAGCCCAGGCUCAUGCGUUAGCCGGUGAAGUCCAGCCCAAUUUCAUAAACUCCCACCUUCACUCUCGCCGGCGGGUUUGGGUGUCGGUGCCGCGAUUUUUAUUUUUCAUUCGUUCUUUCUCUGAGCUGCAAAGAUCAAUUCAUCAAUGGCGUCGGAAGCCUACGCAUCGAGAAACCCUGAUCAAGUCCACACCGACGUCCUCCUUCAAGCCAGACAAGCUUGCUACAAGGCUCGCGAUGCUUUCUACGAUUGCGUGAAGAAUCAAUCGGACAAGAAGCCGACGGAACUCGGCUGCGUCGGGCUGCUCUACCCGGCCGAGUGCAAGAAAGCGAGGCUUGCCUACGAGAACAGCUGCCGGCCUUCUUGGGUGAAGCAUUUCGAUAGGCUGUAUUGUAAGGAGAAGAGGGUGCAGAGGCUACUGGAUGACAAGGAAACCAGGGGAGGGGUAUAGAGCUUGAGCUUGGUUCAAGAUCGCUAUGGUCAGUUUGGUUUCGGUACUCAGGUUGAAUUCUGGGACAGCAUGUUCUAAGUAAAAGAGUUUGCUGCUUGCUUACUUUGUGAGAUCAGAUUCUAUUAACCGUGUCUCUCACUGAGCUUUGCUCAAACCUAGAACAGUUUGUGGUGUACGCAGUGGAACUAAAACUGAACCAUGUACCUGUGUACGUGUGACUGUUAUUCUUAAUGAUUACGGCCUAUGUUCCCUAAAAGAGGGCUUCGUGACCCUUGUCGAAUCUAUGCAUUUGUUGUCAUCAUACAGUGGAACAGAAAGCAUAGCAUGUACUGUUUGUUUCUUAACUGAUCCUAUACGGUUCGCACUUGUGCCUGAUCUGAUUACUUCUCAGUGUUUCACACAAUAGUUCUUAACAAACAGGAAUGAACUUAGAAGCUACAACUGCAGUUUGAACUUCAAAGUAGAACCUGGCCUUGAACUUAUGAGUAGUACUGAAGCUUGUCUACAGGUAUAUAUAUAGUCACACAAAGCCUUGGUUAGUGCUGUUUCAGUUCUGCAGGGUUCGUGAAAUUGCUUGAAUCUCGUGAGAUUCAAAGAAAGCUGCAACCUUCCUUCCAUGUAAGUUCUCAACUUCCAGAUGGAUGUUAGGAAGUCUAACAAGAGUGAAUUUGUCAACUUUCCCUUUCAGAUAGGCUUUAUUAUAAUGUGGGAUUUGAUAAUGCCAAGCCUGUUUUUGAUUCCAUCUGCUGCACUGUUUGAUCUGAUAUUCUGAUUCACUUGCUUUGUGAGGAAAUGUAUGGGGCUAUUAUUUUAAAGCAUUUUGUUUAAUCCCGAUGUAAUGCUCAAGACUUUGUGGGAAGCAAGUCACUUUAAUUCUCACAUGUGCAUUCUGCAGUGUUAAUUCUCAUUUCUGAAUCUUAAGAUCUGCUGCAAAUCCUUUAAACAAAUGGUCCGAAUCAAAGCUUCCAUCACAUUCAGUCGGCUUACUACUACUUACAACUAGGGGUGGCGGUUCAGUUUGGUUCUGUUAACCUAACCAUAAAAAUCGAAACUCGAAUUAGCCAAUUGCUCAAAUCAAAAUUGGAAUUGUUAAGUGCUUAUUGGUUUUUCGGUUGCCCCUAAUGGAUUCGGUUUUGUUUAGAAUAAACUGAAAAAUGAAAAUAAUCUUUUGAUUUCAAGACUUAUUGGUUUUUUUAUCGAUUUCGAGUUUUAACCAAAACCGAUAAGGGCUUAUCGCUUUGUACCCGUAAUUGAACUGCCACCCUUUCUUACAGCUUGCCACGUGGGAAGGUGGGAGGGAGGAGAGUGACAGGUAGGGCAGAGGGAGUGAAUCUGUUUUCUCAAGUCUCAACCUACUUGGUUGAUACUUGAUAAUUAGUGGGUACAAAUCCAAGCAUUGUGGUUAAUUAAUUAUGAUUAGAUUGGGUGGAGUGGGGAAGGGAGGUUAGAACAUUGAACAAACUACUUUUUUAUGUGGGAUUUUGACGUAAACAUUCGAGGUUAUUCCGACUCUUAUGAAUGUUUGAUAAGCAAAGUAUUGCGGAUAAUUACAAAGAAAUCUUUCUCUUAAUGAUGUAACAUUGGAGCCACCUUUUAGUGGUUAAUUGCUUAUAACCACAAGGUGAUUAUAUUUUUACUUCAGCACCAAGCUUUUCUCCUUGGAGAAAUGCAUUGGCAAAACGGAACUCCAACCCUCUCCAUGUCUCUUAAUUACCAUGCGUAAUAAUGGAGAUUUAUUAGAUAGUGAAAGUGGCAUUUUCCCCUUUGGUGGAUUGAAUUGUACCAAUGGAUACAUAAAUAAUCUCAAAGUAGGUAAGUAUGAUGGUAAUCACUUCAAUUCUAGUCUUGAGUGUUUCUAUAAACUACAAACCCUCUUUUCUUAAAACUUGAAAUUAUCAUGUUUUUAUAUAAAUGAAAGUGUUUCUAUAAACUAUAUGGUACACUCUUGAUCAAUUUGCGGUCUAUAGAAUAAAUCAUAGUUUAGAAC